AUGAGCAUUGUACUGAAAGUACUUGUACCCUGUAGACUAGCAUUACAAGUACAACAGAGUGCUACCAGACUUCUUCCUAGACACCUCCACUGUAUUCCAACAAACCUUACAUAUGUUGGUGCCAGAACAAUGGCACAGCGCAGCAUCACAUCGUUUUUCAAAGUAACCCCGUCUAAGCCACUGGUCAAAGAAGAAUUACCUGACAAAGAUAAUGACACAGUGAGUGGUGGUAGUUCCCCAGGCAGCCCUGAGAAUGGCAAGACAACUAAGAGACCUCGUCUAGAGAGCAGUGAUAGUGACUUGUCGCCAAAGAAGAAGCAGCAGAACCCUGCAGACACCAAACAAAAUAAGAAGAAAGUAAAACGGCAGCGCAUUGAAAGCUCAGGGAGUGAAGCAGAGGCAUCACCAGAAAGCAAUGAACCAUUGGUAAACACGGCGCCGCCCACCAGCCUCUCACCAGACAAGCCACAGAUCAAGAUUGAAAAGCAAUCACCUAAAACAUAUCAAUCACCUAAAAGUAAAAAGAAGAAACCGCUUACAGAACCCAAUGGUAUCAAGAAGAGUCCCUCACCAAAGAAGGAUAAGAAAGAAAAUUCUACAGCGGAGUCUAAACGUAAGAGUAUAGAGAAGGAAGACAAGAGUGAAGAGAAGAGCAAUGAAUUGGAGCUGAGUAGUCCGGAGCAGCUCGUGCCGGAGGCGGAGUACGACCCCAGCAAGGCGCGCUACCACCCCGUGCGCGACGCGUGCUGGGCGCGCGGCCGGCCCGUGCCCUACCUGGCCCUGGCGCGCACGCUGGAGCUGGUCGAGGCCACGUCGGCACGCCUCAAGAUCAUAGACACGCUCGCCAACUACCUGCGCUCCGUGCUGGCGCUGACGCCGGAGGACCUGCUGCCCAGCGUGUACCUGUGCCUGAACCAGCUGGCGCCCGCCUACGAGGGCCUGGAGCUGGGCGUGGCCGAGUCGUACCUCAUGAAGGCGGUGGCGGGCAGCACGGGGCGCACGCUGGCGCAGGUCCGCGCGGGCGUGGCGCGCGAGGGCGACCUGGGCCGCGUGGCCGAGGCGGCCCGCGCCGCGCAGCGCACCAUGUUCCCCGCGCCGCCGCUCACGCUGCGCGGGGUCUUCGCCGCGCUGCACGACAUCGCGCGCACCACGGGCCAGGCGUCUAUGAAUAAGAAGAUCAGCAAGAUACAGACACUGUACGUCGCCUGCAGACACUCCGAGGCCAGGUACCUCAUAAGGUCACUAGAAGGCAAGCUGCGUAUCGGACUGGCGGAGCAGUCAGUGCUGCAGGCGCUGGCGGUGGCGGUGGCCCUGACUCCGCCCGGGCCCGGCGGCGUCACACAGCUCGACGCUUCGGAGGGCAUGUCGCCUGAAGAGUUCAAGUCGCGCGUGGAGUGGACGGCGCGCGCCAUCAAGGCGACGUACUGCCAGUGCCCGCACUACGGGCGCGUGCUGGCGGCGCUGCAGGCGCACGGCGCGGCCGGCCUGGCGCAGCACGUGCGCCUGCAGCCCGGGAUACCGCUCAAGCCCAUGCUGGCGCAUCCCAGCAAGAACGUCUCGCACAUCUUCGACAGGUUCGAGCGCGAGCAGUUCACGUGCGAGUGGAAGUACGACGGCGAGCGCGCGCAGAUACAUGUGCCGGCCCGCGGCGCCGCGCCCCACCUGCCCGGCGCCGCCGUCUUCAGCAGGAACCAGGAGGAUAACACCAGUAAGUACCCGGACGUACUGCGCCGCCUGCCCGCGCUGCUGAAGGACUCCGUCACGAGCUGCGUGCUGGACUGCGAGGCCGUCGCCUACGAUACUGUGAACAAGCAGAUCCUGCCCUUCCAGAUACUAUCGACGCGCAAGCGCAAGGACGCGCGCGAGGAGGACAUCCGCGUGCAGGUGUGUGUCUACGUGUUCGACCUGCUCUACCUCAACGGGGAACCUACCGUCCACCGACCUCUGGCGGAGAGACGGGAACUGCUCAGGGAACACUUCCAGGAGACGCCAGGUGAAUGGCAGUUUGCAACUAGUCGGGACUGCACCUCAGUGGAGGAGGUGCAGCAGUUCAUGGAGGAGGCUGUGAAAAACUCUUGCGAAGGCCUCAUGGUGAAGGCACUCACCGGGGACCAGUCGCAGUAUGACAUCGCGCGCCGGUCACACAACUGGCUCAAGUUAAAGAAGGACUACCUAGAGGGAAUGGGCGACACACUGGACCUGGUGGUGAUCGGGGCGUACCUGGGUCGAGGCAAGCGCGCCGGAUUAUACGGCGGCUUCCUGCUGGCCUGCCGCGACCCCGACAGCGAGCAGUUCCAGGCGCUGUGCAAGCUGGGCACCGGCUUCACGGACGACGACCUGCGCGACCUCACCAACGAGCUGCGGCCGCUGGCGCUGGCGGCGCCGCGCGCCUACUACUGCUGCGGCGCCGCGCCCGACGUCUGGCUGGACGCCGCGCGCGUCUGGGAGCUGCGCGGCGCCGACCUGUCGCUGUCGCCCGCGCACCGCGCCGCCAUCGGACGCGUCGCGCCCGACAAGGGCAUCUCGCUGCGCUUCCCCAGGUUUGUCCGCGCCCGUCCAGACAAGCGGCCGGAGCAGGCGACGACCUCGGCGCAGGUGGCCGACAUGUACCUGGCGCAGGACCAGGUCAAGAACUCCGCCGCCACCGCCAACAACUACGACGACUUCUACUGA